ACCUGGAGCGUCAGUUACUCUCUCUGAAAACAACAAAGCCAGGAUGAUGGAGGAGGGUCAGCGCAUCAUGCAGGAAAUAAGAGAAAGAAGCUGCUUUGUUCAGAGAGGCAAAGCCGGGAGAGAGCGGGAGGAGGCACAGAGAUUGUUGGACAUUAUCAGGAACAACAUGACAGUUGCUGUGAAAACCAGCCAAGCUGUAUUAAAUCAGCCUGCAGACUCUUCUCUGAUGGAAGUGGCUGAUCUGCUGUCAGACGCAGAGGACAGAGUUAACAGAACACUGGGCCUACACCUGAACAGUCGUACUAUGCUACAGCAUCUGGAGCACCUUCACACUCAGCUGGCAAGCGAACAAAGUACGCUCCUACCUGUGACUAAAAAUGAAAUGACUAAAGAUCUGCUAAAGAAUAUUACCGACAUCUUUUUGAUGCUUGAGGAAAUUAAAAAAGAAUUUGAGAUUUGUGCAGCUCAGCUGGAUGGUGCCAAGCUGGAGCUCUAUAGCAUCUUCCAAAUUAUGGCAAGGGUGGAUAUUGUAACUAAUGCUGAGGAGCAUGCAGAGGAGCUUGACAGAGUGGCAGCAGAAUUUCAACAAUUGCUUCAUGAUGCUACUAACAGCACUGACCUGCUCAGUGUCCUGGGUGUCCAGGGUGUAGGAACUUACAACAGCAUCAUAAAUGCCAUAGAAAAGGCAGACAUGGCAGCAAAUCAGUCCAGAGUAGCUGCUGAUCGAGCCUUAAAGGAUGUGGAAGAGGGAGGCCUGGUCAACAGGGCUGAAGGAAUCAAAGAUAAUUCAACUUGUUCACGGAUAGAAGCCAAUGAGACUCAGAGUGAUCUUAAAAUGAAUGUCCUCAAAGAUCGUGUGAAUAAGCAAAAGGAUAAAGGAGAAUCACUGAGAAUGAGCAUCUCAAUCGUCAGCGAUGACAUCAAAAAGAUCAAAAGAGAUGACACAGAAGUCCUGAUAGAGUCUGCAAAAACCGCUGCCUCUUCAUCAAACUCCACAGUCAGUAACAUAACAGAGAGACUGAGAAAUAUCAGCCAGGAUGUGGAGAGAAUAGAUUUAACCAAUGUCAGUUUGGAUAUAGACAAUAUGUUGACUGAUGCAGACCAGACAUUGAAGAACUUGAACAAAUCCCUCCCUGUGUGGAAAGACAAAAUCACUGAAGUUGAGGCUCUCAGUGUGAAGGCGCUUACUAGUGCCAACAUGACAGAAAGCAUCAGGAGAAUCAAGGAUGUGAUAGUGGACACAAGAAACUUUGUUAAUAGGCUCUCAGUUGUCACCACUUUCAACGGAAAGGGUCACGUGGAGCUUCAUCCUCCGAGAAACCUUGAAGACAUAAAAGCAUUUACAGCUGUUGAUUUGCUUCUCAACCGCCAUCAAAACAAUCCCUCCGAGGUUGACUACAGACGUAUGCGACGUCAGGACAAACACAGAGAUGCCAGCUUCUUUGUUUUGUACCUGGGCAACAGGGAGGCUUCUGGAGACUACAUUGGGAUGGCUAUCAGGAGAAAUGUGUUGGUUUGUGUUUACAAGUUGGGUGGAGUUGUCCAUGAGGUGGAAACCAGCCAAAUAACAACAACCACCAAUGUGAACUCCUCAGACUUUGACAGGGUUAUCUUCCACAGAGUUUACCAAGAUGCUGAAGUUAACAUCACACAGAACUUCAAAUCACAGAAGCCCAUCAGGGUCUCUCCUAAACGUAACCUUCCAAACACAAUGUCCGGCAUCCUCGAACUGGAUCCAAACAAUGUUGUUUUCUACGUGGGUGGCUAUCCUCAGGACUUUACGCCUCCAGUGGAGCUGCAUUACCCCAAGUUCAGAGGAGGAAUGAAACUCUCCUACCUCAAUGACAAUCCUCUUUGUCUGUACAACUACAAGCGUGCAGUCAAUAUGGAUGCAAAGCAGCCACCUGUGAUGAUUCCUCAGUCAGAGGUGUCUGAUUAUUAUGAUGGAACAGGUUACCGAAUGGCGUUCAUAAAGGAGCCGGACAAGAUAAAAAGAAGACUGUUUAAAUUUCACACAAACAUUCGAGAGACAAACGCCUUGCUGUUCUACAUUGGAAAUGAUGAGUCUUUUUUCUGUGUGUUCAUGGAGAGAGGCUUCCUGGUGCUUCAAGGACAGCAAGCAGAUCAAGAGCUCAGAGUUCAGAGUGCCGAAAAAGUGUCUCUAUCCGACAAACACUUUGCAAUCACUAUUGCAGAUGCCUUUAUUGUGCACUAUGGAUCAAAGCAGAUCUCCACAGAUCACAAUCAAACAAACUACAUGAGUUAUUACAUCGGGGGUGUACCAGCACUGCUCCGACAGAGACACAACAUCACAGCUCCACCAUUGAGAGGAUGUGUGGAUCACCUCACAGCAGACGCUGAGAUCGUUACAUACAACAGGACAAUUGGUGUCAGCGAAGGAUGUCCAGUCUCACUACUGGGCGUUCGUGCAGCUACGUUGUACUCAGCUCUGUCUGUUGAUUCCCUGUCUGUCGGGGGUGAACAGCUGCUCAAAGUGUCUCUGGGCUUCAGUAGCACAGACAGACAUGGUACUCUUCUUGGGAGCAGCUCUCAGGACUCCACCUCUGUUCAUGACUUCCAGCUGUCCCUGGCUGAUGGCUAUGCAGUAUUUAUUAGUGGUAAUGAUACCUUGAGGUCAGAUAAAAGGUAUAGUGAUGGAAGCUGGCACUACUUGUCUGCAGUUAAGAUGCCAACAGGGUUGGAGCUCAGCAUUGAUAAUGUAAAAGUGAUUCAGGGACCAUCACCUCAUAUCAGGCCAGUGGAUCAAAAUGCGCAAGGAGGGAAAUUCUCAGGCUGCAUUGCUAACCUUUAUACAAGCAGGAUUGAGCAAGGCUUUAUACCUGCUGAUUUAAGCUCAUAUUCACUAACGGGAGAUGUAGUCCUUGGCCAGUGUAGUCUCCAUUCCCUACCACACUACAAGCUUUUACCAGCACCUGUGUUGAAAAGGCCCCAGAAACACACACCUAUUCAGGUUCCAGCAGGCAGCCAGUGUAGACAGUGGCGAGCACACCGUGGUGAAUACCAGCUCUUUGAGGGGCACAGCUGGCUCAGUUACUCCAUGCCACAACAGGACCUUAAUUAUAGGCCUCACUUUUCUCUUGACAUCAAGACCAAGUCAUCCAAAGGGCUGAUCCUCCAUGUAGCGGGGAGAGGAGGUGUCCCCCUGCUGGCUCUGUACAUGGCCAAUGGCAAGAUCAAGAUGUCUCUUGGGCAAAACAGAAUCAUCCAGCACAAGCAGAAGAGCAACGACGGGAACUGGCACAGAGUUGAGCUCAGUGUGGAGAAAAGCACUUUUCAUCUGCUGGUUGAUGGGAUCCGUGUGACAGAUGGAUAUCUGCCUAACAAUGAGGGAUCAUCUUUAGACCUGCACAACCCUGUGUAUCUGGGAGGUGAUCCAAUAAGCAAAACCACAAAAGGACACAAUGUUCCCACGAACAGUGUUAUUGGUUGUAUAAGGGAUUUCAAAAUGAAUGAGGAAGUAAUUGGGGAACCAGAGGCAAGCCACAAAACUUUACCCUGCUUUGAUGGGCUCACAGAGAUCGGGGCAUACUUUGGCGGCGGUCACAUUGUCUUAGAUAAUUACUUCACUGUUGGUUCCCAGUUUGUGUUGGCUUUUGAGCUGCGUCCUCAACACCUGACAGGUCUACUCUUCCAUGUUCGAAGUCAUAAGACCAGCCUUAAUGUGUUCUUAAUGGAAAACAAGGUGGGUGUCAUUUUGAAUGACGGCGCUGUCAGUGUUUCAGUGACUCCUCGUGAAAGCCUCUGUGAUGGAAAAUUUCACGUGGUCACAGUGUACAAACAACAUGAAAUUGUAAAACUAGUGGUGGACUCCAUGUCUAAACAGAAAGCUGCCCUCUUCACGUCCCCCUCGUACUCAACAACACUGGAUACACUUUACAUUGGAGGAACAACAAAGCGAAGCAAAGUCCCCGUGUCCUCACCAUUUGUGGGCUGCUUGCGCAAUGUGAAGCUUAAUGGAAGGCCUGUUGCAUUUGAGACAGGAUCCAGGGUGGUUGGCCCUGUGAGCAUCAAUAGAUGCCCUGCAGUCUAAGGAUGUGUAAUUACUGGGUGACACACCAACUUCUUUAACCCCCACAGACCAUUUGGCAUCAUUACAAAGACCUAAGCUUUGUGGAAACCCACAGAACUAAAUUAGAAUUUCUACCCCCCUUAGAUACUGUUGCAACGCCUGGCAAGCAGUCCCUGAUAACAGGGACAGAUUUUUAAUGACAGGCAAAGCAGUUCUUUUCAGUGUAGUGAAUCAUUCGAAUCACUUCAUUAAAAAGAUCUGCUCACCAAAUUGUUCAGUGCUUGACCUUUGCUGUGUAGGCCUACUAAAUGAACUGAAUCACAGUUCAGUUCAGCUUGUUAACUAGUGAACUGAGAACGGUCGUUGGUGAAUGAUAAGUCAGUGAGCUGAGAAUGUAGUUGGAUAAAAACACUGUUUGCAAACUGAAAGCUGAAAACAAAGUCCUACCCUAUAUGUUGGGGCAGGUAUACUUUUGUAUUAUUUUAUUUAAUAAAAUAUUUGGUAGUCCUUCCUACUUCAAGACGUAAAAGACAUGAGAGGGCGAGGGGCGGGCUUGAGAGGCUCAGCGACUGUCUAUGAAUCGAGGCUCAUGUUCUCUGUGAAUGUUCAGCGAAUGAUUCACUGAACAUGCCCCGGUCCCCUGCAGUGAGAGGAUCUGACACCGCCUCAGGCUCAGCCACCUGUUUUUCUUUCAUAUUGCAGGUUUCACUACGCAUUGUUAACUACAAAAGAUGGUUAGAUUAAAAAAAGAGGUAACCUGAUUUUGUGUGUCAUUUUAAAUGUAUUACAUUUAAUGAGGCCAGAUGAAGCAAUUUAGUUUAUGCACUCUAUGAUACCAUCCCCAAAUCAGAAUCGCUUACUAUCCCUUUAAAUAUUAUAAGAUUAAGAUUAUAAUGUUAUGUUAAUGUGUGUGUCGUUGUCUCUUGUCUCUUUUCUGUGAUGUUGCAAAUGGAGCUGCUUUGAUGCAAGAAAACAAUUUAAACUGGAUCUGACA